GAUUGGUAGUAAAAAUAAGAGUAAACACAUUUUUUGGUCCCUAGCAAUAUUAGCGAAAUCCAUUUUAGUCCCUGACAAUAUAAAAGUACCAAAUUGGUCCCUAAAGUUAUGAAAAAAGGGUCACGUUAGUCCUUCUGUCAACUCCUCCGUCACGGUCAAACUAACGGUGCCCAUGUGGCACGUUAUCUGCUGACGCGGACUCCACGGUGGACACGGUGGAAAGCUGGACGAUGACAGUGGACACCCAUGGAAAGCACGACGUCGUUUUACUUGAAUCCAAUUAAUUGAUAAAACCCAAAUAAUGAACCCUAAAAUUGAAAAAAACCCAAAUACCUUCAUUCGAACCCUAAACCGGAAACUCCACCCCCCAAAUUGAUGAGCAAAUCUGUAAACAGCAAAACGCCCCCAGAAUGUUUGCACUUUGAUGAUUGAAACUCGACGAAAGACAUUAAGCCAUCAACCAGAUUUAUGGGCGUGGGAGAAGAUGAGUGUUUCUUCUGGCAUGGGGGGUCAAGUGGGAGUAAAUUAAUGGGGGAAGAACAAUGGCAAGGACCACUGGUUGGAGGUGCAAAUGUGGGAGACAAAGUAUUGUCUAUACCUCCAAAACUGAGAGGAACCCAAACAGGGCUUUCCUUGAGUGUCCUAACUUCAAGGAGAAGAAGCCCUAUUGUGAUUUUUUUUAGAUGGGUAGAUGACAUGUGUAAUGAACUCAUGGAACUGGAAGAAGCAAGAAUUCACACUGUGGAGUUGGAUGUUGCUGAAAUGAACUUCAAGUUGAAGUAUAUGGAGAUGAUGAUAAGAGAGCAAGAUGUGAAGAUUACUGAGCAAGGAAUGAAGCUUCAUCAACAGGAAAGAAAACUGAAUGAUGUAUACCUGAAGAUGGUGGAGGAGUUAGAUAGGAUGGACAAAAAAAUUAGGACAGUUGAUAGGUCAGCUAGGGUCUUAGGUGCUUGUGUUGGUGUGAUCAUGAUCUGUAUGUUUGUUGUUAGUGUGGUAAAAGUGAAAACAAAUGACCCAAAUGUAUUUUUCCUUCAGUGAAUUGUAAU